AUGAACCGACAACCACCUCCAUCCCAAUAAUAAAAGAAAAAGCCUGCUAGUGGGAGCGUAGUAGAUAACAUAAAGAAGAUGGAGUAAUAGAGAGAUGAUAGAAGAAAAAAGCUCGAGGAGAUGAAAUAAGCUAAGCUAGAUAGAUAGUUGUAGAAUGAGGCCUAGGGGAAAAAUGUGGAUGCUGAAUUCGAUUUACUAAUUGAAAAGCACAAAAAGAAGGUAAAUGCUCCAAUGAAUCAUAUCAGCUCAUCCUAAAUGAAUCUUUGUGUUUGCGUAAGAAAGAGACCAUUAUUUGAUAAGGAGUUUACAGCAGGAGAAAUUGAUUGUGUGAGUGCUUCAAACCCUAAGAUUGUAGUUCAUGAAUGUAAAUUGAGAGUGGAUGGUAUUACGAAGUACAUUGAGGACCAAGAGUUUAAAUUCGAUAAUGUAUUCUCAGAAAAGGAAGGAUCUAAUGAUGUCUAUGAAUAUCAAAUUAAAUCAUUGCUUCCAAACUUAUUCAAAAAUGGUGUAGUCACUUGUUUUGCCUAUGGUUAAACUGGCUCAGGAAAAACUUUUACUGUAAACGCAACAACUCAGGUUGCUGUUAGAGAUUUAUAUGUACUUGCAAAGUAAAAUCAGCAACUAGGAGUCACUUUUUUCAUGAGUUUCUUUGAAAUUUAUGGUGGCAAGGUCAUGGAUCUAUUGAAUGGCAAAAAGAAACUUUAAAUUCUUGAGGAUAGACAUUAAAGAAUUCAAGUUUAAGGUCUUGAGGAAAAAUAAGCUAGAAGUGAUUAGGAAAUGCUUGAUAUUAUCAACUUUGGCCAUAGCAUUAGGACAACUCAUUAAACUGUUGCAAAUGACACAUCUAGUAGAAGUCAUGCUAUCUGUUAAAUCAAUGUGAGAGAUUCUAAUGGAAAGACCAUAGGUAAAUUUUUGCUAGUCGAUCUUGCUGGUUCUGAAAGAGCUUAAGAUACUCAAAGUAAUAAUCGUCAGAGAAGAAUAGAAGGAGCUGAAAUUAACAAGAGUUUGCUUGCAUUGAAGGAGUGUAUCAGAGCUAUUGAUAUGAAAAGUUCUCACGUACCAUUCAGAGCUUCUAAGUUAACUAUGGUUUUAAGAGACUCUUUCUUGAAUGAGGGCAGCUCUAAAAUAGUCAUGAUUGCUUGUGUUAGUCCAGGAAGUUCAUCAGCUGAUCAUACUGUGAAUACUUUGAGAUAUGCUUAAAGACUGAAGUCGAACUCCACCACUGACCAUAAUAAUCCUAAUGCUGUAGGAUUCUAAUAGCCUAAACCAUAGAUUUAAUUGUAGCCAGUUAUAUAAUAACAAUAAUAACAGCCAUUAAGAUAAGUACCAUAAAAUUUUGAAAAUAAAGCACCGUAAAAUUAAAACAUUAAACCUCAAUAAUAGCCUCCGAAAGAGGAGAAGAAGAGAGCACCGUGGGUUGGUGUUGGUGAUUUACCCAAUAAAAAUGAAAAGAAGCAAAAGGAUUAUUCCGAUGAGGACAACACUCCUAGAGAAAUGAAGUAAAAAAAGAAAGAGGAUUGGAACUACCUUAAAAAUACCAUCAAUCUUAACCCUGGUGAAUAAAUGAUUGACCCAUAAUUACUUACUUUACAUGAAAAAGUAGAUAAAAUUGUAGAAGAAGAGGAGGAACUAAGAAAUAAGCAUUUGUAAUAUCUAAAGGAAGCUGCUCAAUUGCUCACAUAAGAAGGUGAACUCAUUUCUAAUGUAUAAGGAAUAGGGCAAGUAGAGUAUGAUAUCGAUGAUUAUGUUAAUAGUAUGGAGCUGAUUAUUCAGAGAAAUAUUGAAAUUUACACUGAUUUGCAAAGAAGAAUGAAUAAGUUUAAAAAGCAUUUAAAGGAGGAGGAAGAAGCUCAUUAGAAUGUCAGAGGUACAUUAUACUUUUGA